GUGUGUGAUGCAGAGGGGGUCAUCUUGUGCUGAAAGCAAAGCUUGGCUGGCUGGAAAGAGGUACGGUGGGGAAGCUGACGAUGAAGAGGCUGCUGAUUGUACGAAGGUGCGAGCCGAUUGUGCGGUUCAGCUGCUGCAGCGUGCGCUACGGGGAGUGCCGCCGGAACCAUGCGGCGAGCACCGGAGGCUACGCCAUCGAUGGGUGCCGGGAGUUCAUCGCUGAAGGGGAGGAGGGCACCGGUGGCGCUCUCAAGUGCGCGGCCUGCGGUUGCCACCGCAGCUUCCACCGCAGGGUGCAGGUCUAUGAGUUUGCGUGGGACUACGGAUCCUACACAUCGUCGACCGAGUAGAGUGUUGCCCCAAGCUUGGAGUCCUGCUCCUGCAAUGGCGAAUGCCCAAAAAUUCGCCCUCUUUUCAUGUGUCUCCGACGACAAGCUGUCCGGUGCUUGUCUAGGACCCUUGUGAUUCUUUGUAACUUGGAGCUCAGAAUUAUCUAUCUAUUCUUUCUGCUCUGAACCUUUCUGUGGUACCUGGUUUCAUGAGAGUUGUGCCCUCUCUCCCGUUGGCGAUCCACAGUGACAGUAGUAUCUUUGCUGGCUACUGUGUGGGAAUGAAUGUAGUUUUCGUCACUUUCCUGUCUUUGCCAGCUUGUUUAUCUGAAAUAGAACGGUUAUUCUGUUAGGCUGAGAA